AUGGCAGAUUUUAAGACCUCAUUUAAACAAUCUAACAAAUUAUUUGGAGCUCUUCGAAGGAUUUUGCGUAGUUCUAUAAAAUCCCCGCUAAAUAGAACUUUAUGCGGUGUGGUCGCUUUCUUGUCAAGUAUGACCUCAAACAAUUCGAAACGACCCAUACUUCCGAAAACAUAUUCGACUCUAUCUGUUGUUAAUCACAAGAAGUCUACUCCAGGAGUUGAUUCGACUCCAUUAACAAGCGCACCGUCGUCUUCAUCGUCAUCAUUGUCUUCAUUUAGAGCAAUUGCCCCAAAAUCAAAUCAGGAUCACACAGUGAUUAUCACUCCUGAAGUGGUCAAACGAAAUGAGUCUAGUGAAGAUGUUGUUCACUAUUGUGAUAUUGAAUCAAGUAGUCAGGAUUUCAACCCUCUUAGAAACUAUCGUUCAAUAUAUGCUAAUAACGUCGUUCCUCGUAGUUAUUUGAGAGUUACGCACCAACGGGUUCUUUUACCGUCUCAUACAAUUCCUCGAACUCCUAUUAACUCUGAUACGCUUCCAUCCGGACCAUCUACUUCUGGCUUUAAUGUUAAUAAGAAAGGGAGUCUACGUCCAGUGGUUAAGUUUCUACUUCGUAUAGGUUCAGCACUUGUGCGUUCACAGUAUGAGCCAGCGGUUGGUAAAGAAGUAACUCCCCACCAGUUAUUAUUGAGUAAUCGACGUAAACGCAGACGUGUUGAUGAGGAACCAACUCGGUUAUCUACGGAUAAAAUCAAUAUAGAAACUAUCAACAUUUCUCAUUUAGAAUGGAAACCAAAAACGCGUCAUCCACGUUGGGAAGACAUAUGGAAUUAUUGUCAUCGUUGUCAUUGUCCCUAUGUUCCUACAUCUGCUUUAGAAUUAUUACGACACCUAGAACGAGGUCACCAGAAACUAGUUAAUGUUAAUUCACUAGUGAUACCUAAAAAAACACGGCUUGAAAAAGUAGAUUGUAAUGAAUGCAUGCUUAAUGCAGCAGAAUUAUUGGGCAAUAAACUGAUAAGCCGAUUUUAUAUCCCACUCACUGUAAAUAUCUUCGAUUCCUCUUCAAAUAUAUCACCAUAUACAUGUUUUGUCUGUGGACAAGUGAAUAAGUCUCAACGUUUACUAGAAAAUCAUUUCCAACGCGUGCAUCCACAAUUAACCCCUGGUCGUUUAGAAAAACCAACAGUUAUCUUAUGUUCUAUAUGUGGCUUCCCUACACAGACUAAUUUGAUUAGACAUUCUUCUCAUCAUUUGCACUCCGAUGUUUCAAUACAUGUAUCAUGUAAAAGUAAUCGGUCAAUACAUAAUAGUGCUCCAUGGUCAGGAUGUGACGCCCACGCACUAGCCUGUCUUAUGCUUUAUCCUACUAUGUAUGCUCGAUUCGGUUUACCUUUUCAUGUUGCUCAUUUUCUCUAUGCAUUAAUUCAACGUAUGUUAAUGGCUCGAAUAAAUCAAUUCGGUGGUUGGAGUGUUCAGUCUUAUACUUUAAGAUGUUGUGCAGCAAUAUCAGCUAUUUAUGGUGAACUUGUUGAUCUAGAUCAAAGUAAACCACUGAUUCAAUCAAGAAUGAGGAUUUUAGAACACAAUAACAGCUUAAAAUCUGUAUUCUCAAAAGCAUCGAUUCCUUCAACUGUUUCUUUUUACAAUUCAACUCCCGCGCAAAUAAGGACAUGCAAUUCUAAAAGUGCUAUACCUAUUUCCCUAUCAACUGUAUUAGUUUCAUCGUCCUUACCGAUUCAGCCAUGUUUUACUUCAUCAUCGUCUAGUGCAAAUCUAACUAAUAUAUCAUCAGUGUGUAUUUUACCUAAUUCGUCUCCCAUUACUUCCGUUUCUGAUUUGGUAUCAAAAUCUGUGACAGGCUCCCUAUUACCAUCUAUUUUAGUCAGUCAACCUACUACAACUCCAUCUGUUUCAGUGAAACAUACUUUGUCUUUUGAACCAAUGCCUCCUGUUUGUGUUACAAUCAGUAAACAGUCUAACCUUUUUAUGCAUGGAAAUACACAAAUCCCGGCUACAACAUCAUCAUGGUCUGUUGUAUCGUCAUCAAAUCCAACUCUUUUAUCUUUCCUUUCUUCCAACCAAUCGAAAAUUCCUAUUCAACCAAAACCUGUCAUACCAGUUUCUGUUGGUUUAGCAUCUGAUAAUUUAUCACAACAACAAUCUUCACUUACUAACAAUGGAGAUAAUACUAUUCGUGUUCAGGUGGGACCUAGUGGUCAAAUUAGGCGAUGCCUGGGAAGUCAACCGCGUAGUUUACCUCGUGUUUCGCCAAUGUUAGAAGUUCCGUGUGAACUGUGCCCUUCUAAUAUUCCAACGGAAACAAUUGUUCAAAGUUUUCACGUUAUGUCUCGUCAUAGAGUUAAAGGUUUACGACAUAUCCCAACGAUUCCUUGUCGUUUAUGUGGUCAAUUAUUUUGGACAAAGGCUGGCGUAAUCCGACACCAACAUGUUAGUUGUGCAUUUUGCGAUGAAAAAGCACUGUGUAAUUCAACUUAUUAUCUACAUGAAAUUAUUAAGCAUCCUCAACACUUCGCCUAUCGGUUGAAUAAAGAUGCGUAUAAUUGUCCACAGUGUUGUCGUGUGUUCUCGGAUAUGAUUUCAUUUAUAACUCAUUUACAAACUGUACACUUUUUCACUGUACCAGAUGAUAUAAAUAAUCAUAUAUGCAAAUAUGGUUCUACAAGGAAUAAUCAAAUAAAUUUUAAUAAUUUAACAAUGAGUUCGAAAUUAAUUAAUCUUUCUACAUUAUAUUCAUCAUUAUCCAUGUCAACAAUAUCUGUAUCAUAUUCAUUACCGGAUAAUAUUGCUGUAUCUAUAAAGCCCGAAGAAAUACCAUGUUGGAAAUGUUCAGUUUGUAAUGCACAUUUUAUUACCAUCAAUCAUUUAGAUUUACAUAUGGCUCAAGCUAGUCAUCAGUACUGGUGUCCUCUAUGUCUAUAUGCAUGUGAACGAGCAAUUUCAUUAUGGAAACACUAUUGUAGUAGUCAUAACAAGGAAUCGGAACUAAAUCACAUUUCUGCAAAAAAUAAAUUUUAUCGAAUUGUUAAACCGCAACCAAUUGGUGCAACUAAUAUUUCUACUUCAAUAACAACAACACCAACGACAUUAUCAUCACCGUCAUCAUCCUUAAGUACAGUUACUGCAGCAAAAAUUAUUGCCAGUCCUUUAAAACGGGGUAGCCAACGCUGUGCUAUUGGUCACUUAUCCCAGGUUAGUUUUUUAUGGCGUAUUGUUACUUCCUACCGUUUACAUAACUUAAAAUUAAUUAUGCUGUCACCUGCCGAUCGCUACUAUUUCGAACCAUUUCUGCUACUUUUAAGUUAUCUAUCCACCCCAUGCAAUCGAGCACUAGUUAUACACUUCAAUGUGGUAUUCAUUCGUCAUCAAUAA